UUCCUGUCGCGCGCUGUAGAGCACUGUCUCGCGUUCCAAUGGCGCUUUCCCUGAGUCUCUUGUUGCCUCGUGUUCGCGCUGCUGCCGCUCGCUGUGGGUUCGCGACCCAGGGCGUGGCGGGCCCGGGCUCCGUCAACCGCGAGCCGGACCCCGAUUCCGACUGGGAGCCGGAGGAGCGGGAGCUCCAGGAGGUGGAGAGCGCUCUGAAACGACAGAAAAAAGCAAUGCGAUUCCAGAAAAUUCGAAGGCAAAUGGAGGCUCCAGGUGCGCCACCCAGGACAUUGACAUGGGAAGCUAUAGAGCAGAUCCGGUAUUUACAUGAGGAAGUUGCAGAGUCCUGGUCAGUUCCCAGGUUGGCAGAAGGCUUUAAUGUCAGCACGGAUGUUAUCAGAAGGGUUUUAAAAAGUAAGUUUGUUCCCACAUUAGAGCAGAAACUAAAGCAAGAUCAAAAGGUGCUGAAAAAAGCUGGGUUUACCCGAGUGGUUGGGCAGCUGCCCGUUUCUGAAGACAGCUUGAAGCUACUCAGCGAAGGUCGCUCUGUAUCCGGCCCUCUGCUCAUGCCAGGGGAUGCAGUCUCCUCUAAAAGCCAGGGUCACAGCACGGCUUUGAAAGUGGGGAGGUCGAACAUUCCCAGUUCGGAUGCACAGAGGAGACAGGAAGAAAAGAAUAAACGAAUCCAAGGCUGGGAAGAAAGCUUGGUGUCCACCGCUACAGCCUUGGGUCAUCAGAGAGAGCUUCAGAAAGACACCACCAGUGAUUCUGGGGCCACCAGGAGAGCGGACAGUGACAGACGGCCAAGUGUUGAGACGCUAGAAGAGUUGAAGGCUGGGGAGCCAGGUGACCAGAACUUCAGCAGCAAAGUAGUACAGAGGGGACGUGAGUUCUUUGACAGCAAUGGAAACUUCCUCUACAGAAUUUGAGCCUGGGCUUGGCUUUCAGAGAUGCCUUGACACAGCUGGGCAAGUAGAUUUGAAGCUGCCAGCAUUUCUGCACACGAUGGGCCACUUUGGAAUAAGAACUGAUGAGGCGAGGAUGUGGGUUGAGAAGUCCCAGCAGACUCCUGUGCAUCUCCCCAUUCAGCCUUGUUGCUUGGUCUCUGUU